ACUAGACACUUUAAAAUACUAGAUUUAGCAGCAGUCACAUUAGCUUAGAUAAUGGGAGAAUUUUUCUUCAUUGAAAAUGCUCUCUGUCGCUUAAGAACUUACUGAGGCAGUCUGCCAUCUAGCUUUUUCACAGAAAAACAGGCUUGCAGACUGCAGAUGAGAGAGUCUGGAGCAGAGACAGUUUUAACUUAGCCAUUCCUAAUUUAUCUCAAGCGUUUUCAAUUCAUCUUCACUGCUCUGUGCACACAGGAACACCAGAUUGCCAUCCCUGGGGAACAGAACGCAACCGGGGAUCUAGAGAGCUGUCACAUUCCAAGAAAUAUUUAAAUUGUGCUGGUUUUCUUCUGGAGAGCUGAGCCCAGGGAAUGAAACUCUCCAUCCAGUCGUAGCUUUGCGGGCAAUAGAUCAGAGGAUAUUGCCAGGCUCCUAAUGGAUUAUUGUUAUCGGGCAGGUUUUCUCUGAAGAGUCCUGAUGUCUCCCAGAUGCUAGGCUAAUAUCCAAAGGGAUUGGAGAUCAGCCAGAUCAGUUGUGUGCACAAAGACACUUUGGAUUUGUCUUUUAAAUCAGCAGUUCCAUCCACAGAAUGCUACAGCAAGGCUGAAGCAUCAUUCCAUCUGGAGAGUCCAUGCCAAUUAUACUCUGGCCACAACUGUCAAGGCUAUCAACAAAUUAAAUACUGAUUGCUCGGGCUGCAGGAUAAUGGCCUCGGAACAAUUUGCAUAAAGGUGACAAUAGCUUUUAUACAGGACAGAUUAUGUCAGCUUCUUUCUUAAGGUAUGUUAUUUGGUACUACUGAAUUCAAGUUGGUUUACCUGAUCUCUUGCCGUACAGGAGAGGAUGCUUAAAUUUUAUCAAAUGAAAUAUAUUUUUCAAAUAUUGGAUAAAAUGAGAUGCUUGCGAAAACGGUCUACAGUGUCAUUCUUGGGAGUUCUUGUUGUUUUUCUACUAUUCAUGAACUUGUAUAUUGAAGAUAGCUAUGUUCUGGAAGGCGACAAGCAACUUAUAAGGGAAACAUCAACACAUCAACUUAAUUCUGAACGAUAUGUUCACACUUUCAAGGAUUUAUCAAACUUCUCAGGAACCAUAAAUGUCACCUAUCGCUAUCUGGCUGCCACACCUUUACAGAGAAAACGAUAUCUCACAAUUGGACUUUCGUCAGUGAAACGAAAAAAAGGAAAUUAUUUACUUGAGACAAUCAAGUCAAUUUUUGAACAGUCCAGCUACGAAGAACUAAAGGAAAUUUCAGUCGUAGUGCAUCUAGCAGACUUCAAUUCAUCAUGGCGAGAUGCCAUGGUCCAAGAUAUUACACAGAAAUUUGCCCAUCAUAUUAUUGCAGGAAGAUUAAUGGUUAUACAUGCUCCGGAAGAAUAUUAUCCAGUUCUGGAUGGUCUUAAAAGGAAUUACAAUGACCCAGAAGAUAGAGUCAGAUUUCGCUCCAAGCAAAACGUAGAUUAUGCUUUUCUGCUAAAUUUCUGUGCCAAUACUUCUGACUAUUAUGUGAUGCUUGAAGACGAUGUACGGUGUUCCAGAAAUUUCUUAACUGCCAUCAAGAAAGUCAUAGCAUCCUUGGAAGGAACAUACUGGGUAACUCUUGAGUUCUCUAAACUUGGCUACAUUGGUAAACUCUAUCAUUCUCACGAUCUCCCACGUCUGGCCCAUUUCUUAUUAAUGUUCUAUCAGGAAAUGCCCUGCGAUUGGCUAUUGACUCACUUCCGAGGGCUUCUGGCUCAGAAAAAUGUGAUUCGAUUUAAACCUUCUCUCUUUCAGCACAUGGGGUAUUAUUCGUCCUAUAAAGGAACGGAGAAUAAACUGAAGGAUGAUGACUUUGAAGAGGAGUCCUUUGACAUCCCUGAUAACCCCCCAGCGAGUCUCUACACCAACAUGAAUGUCUUUGAAAACUAUGAAGCGAGCAAGGCUUACAGUAGUGUUGAUGAGUAUUUUUGGGGAAAGCCACCUUCAAUAGGAGAUACGUUCGUUAUUGUAUUUGAAAAUCCGAUUACAAUUAAAAAAAUUAAAGUGAAUACUGGAACAGAAGACCGGCAGAAUGACAUCUUACAACACGGAGCCCUAGAUGUGGGGGAAAAACUUAUUUUUAGCAAACAAAUAAGACAAUGUGAUACUUACUUAAGACUAGGGGAAUUCAAAAAUGGAUACUUUGAAAUGUCAGAUGUGAGUCAAAAAAUUCCCUUUGACAUACAUUGCAUGAGGAUAUGUGUUACCAAAACACAGAAAGAAUGGCUGAUAAUUAGAAGCAUCAGUAUUUGGACUUCCUAGCAGAGUCAAUCAGUAUCAUGAGAUUCUGAAGCAGGUCUUCCUGUUUCAGUUUUUGCUAUCUUCUUCUUUUGCUACUUAAGUCUUUUGGAGGGCAACCAAUUGCUGUGCCAUGUCACAAGAAAAAUGAAUCAUCUCGGCAGUUUUGAUUGUAGUUUUACCUCUUGUUUUUUUUUUUCUUCCCACUUUUGAAGUUGAAUAUCAUUCUGUAGUUAAAAUUGAUUUCAUUCAUACAUUUAAAUGUUCAUAGUUUCAAAUUUCAACCAAUUGCCAAAACAGUGAUAUAAAAGGUUUAGCAUGAGAAAAUUCCUUUAAAAUAAUUAAUUAAUUAAAAAACAGUUGCCAACUGGGCACACUUAUGAAACAGUUUGAUAAUUUAUAUAGGUUCAGAAAGAUUCUUAAUAAGAUUAUAUGAGAUAUGCAGAUUGGUUGCAAUCAUAAAAUGGGAUAAUUUUUCUUAUAAGUUUAGGCUUUCAAUGACUGAUGAAUUUCUACAAGUAAUACCUCCUCAUAGAAGUGGUGUCUUUUCAAAAGACUAUUUGCGUAAGUAGAGCUAUGGAAAAAACAGAUUAAAAGUCGUCAUUCAUCUGGUUAUUUAUAUAAGAAGGAACAUUGCUCAUUGUUUUAAAACCUUUAAUUGAGCACAUAUUGAUAAAUUUUCCACGAGAAUAAGUCUAUUUCUAACUUCCCUUUUGAAAAACAAAUAGUUAAGCUCAGUAUUGGAAGGCUGCAUUGGAUACCUGCAAUUAAUAGAGAAAGAGAGAUGGCUUACUGUUAGUCCAUUCCUACAAACAUUUUCAGUAAAUGUAGAAAAAAAUGAAAUUGAUUUUAUAUAUUUUGUAUUAAAACUCAUGUGAUUAAAA